AUGAUCAUUCAUCACUGUCAACAUCGAACUGUUUUUGAACUUAAUGAAGCUUCCAGAUCUAUGGAACGAGAACAAUGGCAUAGAUACAAACGAGAAGUGUUUGAAUCACUACAAUUUGCCGUUCUCAGUGGUCAAGCAGUUGAAAUGGAUAAAAUUAUAAUUAAGUGA